AUGGCUGGAGAGGGAACAUUUUCUGAUGUUCUGGAGAAACUGAGUCUUAGGGAAGGAAAGUACUAUGCAAGUAAGCACAUGAAGCAAUGUUUUGAAAGUUUCAACUUUGGUGCAGAACAAGUGAAUAAUCUGAGAUAAAUACAAGCACUAAGGCAGCUGAGUCUACAUCCUACUAUCUUUAUGUUACAUAAAGUUGUUUUUGAUGAAAAUCCUGGCUCCCUUUCACUGGUAUGUGAAUUUAUGGCCAUGAAUAUUUAAGAGCUGAUAAAAGGAAGGAGAAAGUCAUUGCCUGAAAAAAAAAUCAGGAACAGCAUGUACCAGAUAUGGAAGUCUCUAGAUUGCGUACAUAGAAAUGUGAUAUUUCAGAGAGAUGAGCAACAAGAAAACAUAAUAAUAAAGGAAAUUAAUUCUCUGAACACCCUGAAGUUAAGAGAUUUUGGAUCUUGUAGGAGUAUCUAUUCUCAGCAGGCAUACAGUACUUCCCCACGCUGGUUCUGAGCACCUGAAUGUUUGCUUACAAAUGGGCUCUAGAGUUACAAAAUUGGCAUGUGGAGUCCUGGCUGUGUUUUCUAUGAAAUCACAGGUUUCCAGCCUCUUUUUGGAUCUAAUGAGCUGGACCACAUUUCAAAAAUCCAUGAAGUGACAGCCAAUACAUGAGCUUUAACCAUGUACAAAAAAUUAAGACUAGUAGAAAAUACGUCAGGGCAAAUACCUCGGUAUUUGUGGUAAAUUUCAAAGGCAAGUCCAAGACAGGAAAGUCCAGGAGAAAAACCAAAUCAACAACAUGGGCAUCCACUGCGAGAAUUACCAAAAUUAAAUUUCUCUGGAGCAGCCAAAUUGAUUUCCUGUCCUACUCCUACAUUGCAUUCCAUUUUCUGGGGACCUAAGGAAGAUGGUGGAACCCCUGUGUUCCAGUCUGUCAGAUUUAUUGGAUCAAAUAUUGAGGUGUAGACUCUCACUUUCCCACUAACACAUUUGAAACUUCUGUUGUUUCUUCAACAGUCUGAGAAACAGAAGGCACUUGAGUCUUCCCUGAAACAUUUCCAUUUGCCUGCUACAGAAGGAAUAGAAGUGAGGAAAAGGCUGGCUAUGCAGUUAGAGAGACCCAGUCAUGCUUCUGUUAGAGAUCUAACAAGAGCAGCAGUGCUUGAUUUUACCUUGCUCUGACAAUUUGUAGGAAAACCCCACAAGUUUUGAGGGCUGCUUUCCUACCAUUUUGAUAUUCUGUUCCUGAAGGGGGUCAAUAUUUAAUUAAAGCAUUGUUCUGGCAGAGCACAGAGAGUGUUCUGCAUUGAACUUCCUAAGUACUUGUUCUUUAGAAUCUGGUGGAGGAGGAGGUUGGUUAAAAAUAACAUGAAAGGAUUCUUUUGAGCUCAAGUAUUAGGAAUGGAAUGUUAUCUACAGAAUUUAAGUUUUCAAAUUGUAUUACAGAUGACAGCUAACUGCUGUAUUAUUUUUUAGACUUAAGGGUUUGGUUUUUUGGUUUAUUUUUUCAGUUAGCUUUGGAAAUUAUUCCCCUCCUGUAUUCAGUAAUUUCCACCUUAGGUUUUACUGAGAUUGUGCAAAUUGUGCAAUCAAUAUGAGAUACUUGAUUUUGAUGCAGUUUCUGUGACUGCUGAGUAUUUUUAUGUAACUAUAAUCUAACUCAAAGCUAAACCAACUUUUUAGCUUAUUCAAAAGAAAGUAAAACUUAGUUUGCAACUAAAAAAUAGUUUGCUUCAAGGAUUAACAUUAAAUAAGAUCUUAACAUUAAUUGAAAGUCUUAACAGGGACUGAUAUUACAGCCAGUUGCUUAAAAGAGCAGUAAAAGCACAUAGUUCAUCAAGCUUCAGAAAUCUGGCAAGCAGACCAUCAGUAAAAUUUUAACAGAAUAUGUCUUAUUGAUAAAUAGGAACAUCUUUAUCUUACUAGGAAAGAGUCUUUAUUCCAAAUUGAUAUUAUUGAUUUUAAAAUUCCUGCAAUCGAAAAAUGUGCAUUAAUUAAUUUGCAAUACUUAAAUUUGGUGAUGUGCUAUAGAACAAUUUUGUUAUUUAGUAAACAAAAGUCUGUGCAAGUCAUACUUGGCAGGGGGUUAAAAAUGUUCUGCCUACCAAGUGUGCAGGCAGGACAGGUUUGGCAAAUAACUUUUUUGGAGGUUUUAAUAGUUGUAAAAGUUACUCUGCUUAUAAUUGGGAAGUGAUCUUAAUUUUUUUUCCAUAACCAAACACUGGGCUCCGGUGCUGCUGUUGGAAAACCCAGCCAUCAGCAGGACGGAAAGGGAAUUUUGUGUGAGAGGUACUGCUGUAAGGAGGCACUAUGGAAAAUCGGGCACUGGGGAGAGGCACAUCACAUCCAAGUCACUUAGCCAACCCUUAGGCAUCAAUUUGAGAUCUGUGCUCUAGAUCCAGACUAUUUAUUCUAACCAAUUAAGAUGCACAAUGCAAUAAAAUACAUGUUAACAUAAAGAUCUUGUAAGAGUAAAAAUUAUACCUGCUAUGUUCUCGUCUCUCCUUCUGAGAUUCCACAGAAUGUGCAUUUGUGAAAAUUAUUUUUCUCACUCACUUUGAGGUCUUCCAUUAAGUGGACACUUUGCUGUGGUUUGUUGAUUGGCAGAUUGUUUUUGUAAGAGGCAUCUCAACACUUGUAGGGUUCUGUUGUGACUGGAAUAGUUCCUGUUAUAAAUACACUCUGUUUAUCACAGUUCCUAAUCCUUGUUCAGGUCAACUUUGGACAUUUUGGACAACUUUGAGCGUGCCCAAAUUCCACACUGUAGCUUUUCCGUGCAGAGAAACUUACGAGACUCAAAUUCUUUAUGAAUCCUUUGACAUCUACUGCUUAAAAAACACUUGUCUAACUUAUGUUUGUCUUCAUGUUUAGAAGAUGGUAUUAUUAUCACAUACUGUACUGAGGAUCAACGUGACAUUUGUAAGAAGAUUCUUGAAAAUGUGAAAAUAUUCACAAGGUAAUUGUGGUGCAGAUUGUGGGAGUAUUUGAUACUGAUUCGAAUUUGACUAUCCAAGUAUCAUGCACCUGCAUCAUGUACAGUGCACAAUUUACAUGCUCAAUUUAUGUCAUUUCUUCCUAGCAAACUUUCAGAAUCUCAACAGCAAGAAUGGAAAAAUAUCUCAGCCCUGGCAAGAAUUUUUAUAGAGUAAGACUAAAACACUUGAACAAGGCUCUGCAGGGAAACCUCUACUGCUGUUACUUGCACUAGGUGUGCCAAAGGAAGAGAUUUCUCUUAGUAGGACUGAACAAAUACAUGACUCAAGUUUUAGUGGAGGAAGUGCUUUAUACCAGUAGAGUGAGAACACUGUAACAAAGGGAAACAGCAGAACACAUUGGUACAGCUAACUGCUCCUUUUCAUUUUAUUGAACCUCCUGCUGCAUGGAUGCUGCUUUCCUUCAGUUCCAAACAAAGAGUGUUCUCCUGAACAUACUAUCUCAAAUUGCAGUGAAGGUAUGCAAAACCAUAGUGACUGGCUGAGUUUUCCUGUUCUAUUUCAGUUAAUCAUCUCCCCACGUCUGUAUGCUUUCAUGUUAGCAGCUCUUACUGAUAGAACUCAGAACUUCAACAAGGCAAUACAGUAUUUGUCUGAAUACAUAACAUAGGGGUUUUUUAUAGACAAACAGACAUAGAUAUGUGAAAGGUGUGAUGCUAUACUUAGAAAAUGAAAUUAAGGACUGCAGGUCUAUAGACAGGAAAUGCCAUGCAACAGUAACCUCCAAGUUCUUACCUUUGGAACACUAAGCAAAAGGUCCCAUCAGCUUAUCCAGUGCUUUUUCCAGAGAGGAAGAUGGUGAGUUGCUUAGUGCUGAUCUAUCUGGAGUUGAGCAUAAUGAGUAGCAUUAAAAUUGAUGGUCUAAAAAUAGGUAACUAACUGGAUCCAUGGGAGCUUACUCUCCACUGUUUAUUUCUUACCAAAAACAAAGACAAAUCCUACUACCUACAUUUGAUGGAUUGUUCUGACUCAGAUCUCUUACCUAGCACUAUACAGGAGGUCAAAGCUCAGAUUAUCAAAACUAUAUUUCUGAUGGAGAUACAUUAAUUGUAUUGGUUGCUUCCUGUAAUCUGUUUCUGGAAGCCUCAAACCACAGAUGCUGAAGUUUAAGUCUUUUGACUAAAAAAUAGAAAAUUCCAUUAAACUAUAUUCUCACAAGGUACCUCUCUGAUUUCAGAAGUGUUACUGUCACUGUUUGCUUCCCUAAGUAAUAUAUCAGGUAGGUGAUUAUUCAUAUACCAGGAAAAAUAUGAAGUCAGAAUUUUUGUAAGUUUUAACCAGGAGAGAAAAGGCUGCCAGAAUAACAUCUUGUGUAUUAUCACAUUCUCUGUAUCUGGGGCUGUCAGACUGUUAUAAUGAGAAUGGCAAUUUCAUGUUCAAGAGAUCAUUUUUGUUGUAAAAUUGCAAAUUCAAAGUGAAGAACCACAUUGGACUUUUCUUCCAUUUUUUUUUACGCUUUCAGGUGGAUCUUACUCAGUUUGGCACAUACAGUACCUCAAGAAUAUUUAUUUCCUAACAAGUUCUUUGCUGUUAGACCUCUGUAGACAACUUACACUUCUCUGGCUGUUGGAUGAAUACGCAAACUUGAGUUUUUCCACCUGCUUUAUAGUUAAAAUAUACCAAAUUUAAACUAUGAACUGGCAAAUAUAGUUCCUAAAGUUCCAUACUGAGAUGAUCUGUGUUCUGCUCACUUUUAAUUAUUUUUUUAAUGUUGUAGGAAAAAUAUUUUUAUUAAAAGCUGUAUCUACAGUAGAGGUCUUAAGUUCGUUCCAGGUAAGUUAUUAGUAUACUGUUUCUUACUAGAAGAAUUUUUUUUCCAUAUGGAAUAGAGUGUGGUGUGGGCAGUUCAAGCUUCUAGAUGACUGCCCUAAUAGUAAAGAAGAAGCUGAAAAAAGAAAACCCACACAUAUUCCUUGUGUGCUGCUGGACUAUGAUUUGUGGCAGGGACAUACUCUGCCAACACGGAUGUGAGUAGCUGCUGUUGUUCCCCUGAUGUUGGGUAUUGCGUUUCUUUCCCCACUGGUUUUGUAUUUUUAUGGCUAAAGGAAAAAAUUCUUUUAAAGUUAUUGCAUAUUUUCUCAACUGUUUCAUUUUGACUGAUACCAUAUGAAGCACGUACAUAGAAGAAGUCUACGGGGACAUAACUACACUAGUUUUCAGUGAUGAGGUUUAUCUGUAUUUUAACAGUUAAACCCACUAUGUUAAUAAAAAAACUUCUGAAAAACAA